AUGGAAGCUCUCUGCCAGCAGCGUGUGGGCGUUGAUGUGGAGAAUGUCAGGAUCGACCCCAGCAGCAUCUCCUUCGGCAUGUGGAAAGACAUUCCCGUUCCUUUCUACAUGUCGGUGUACUUCUUUGAAGUGCUGAACCCCAACGAUGUCCUCAAGGGAGCGAAGCCGGUGCUGAACCAGCGUGGGCCCUAUGUUUACAGAGAGUACAGGUAUAAAUCAAAUAUCACAUUUCAUGACAAUGACACUGUCUCCUUCCUGGAGUACCGGAGACUCUUCUUCCAGCCGGACUUGUCCAACGGCAGCGAAGAAGAGUACAUUGUUGUGCCAAACAUCUUGAUGAUGGGAGCGGCUGUAAUGAUGGAAAACCUGCCAAACUUUGUGAAGCUCUUACUGAGUGGAGCCCUGGCUGGCCUGAAACAGGAGGCAUUCAUGAACCGGACGGUGAAGGAGAUUAUGUGGGGAUAUGAAGACCCUCUAAUAGAGGCAAUAAAUGUGAUUGUUCCUGGCCUGAUCCCUUUCAAGGGGAAAUUUGGCAUACUUCUGCAGCUGAACAACUCCAAUUCGGGACUGUUCACAGUGAACACGGGCAUGAAGAACAUCAGUAGAGUUCACAUGGUGGAUUCAUGGAAUGGACGAAAGAAGGUGAACUACUGGCGGAGCGACGAGUGCAACAUGAUCAAUGGGACCGCGGGGGAGAUGUGGCCACCGUUUAUGUCCCCAACAUCCAUGGAAUUCUACAGCCCUGAUGCCUGCAGAUCCAUGACACUGGUGUAUGAACGGUCCGGGAAGUUUGAGGGUGUGCCCACCUAUCGCUUCGUGGCACCGAAAACUCUCUUUGCCAACGGCACGGACUAUCCACCCAAUGAAGGCUUCUGCCCUUGCAUGCAGUCUGGCAUCCAGAACAUCAGUAGCUGUAGGCUAAAUGCACCGAUGUUCCUUUCCCAUCCUCACUUCUACAACGGUGACCCAGCCCUGGUGAACGCUGUCGAAGGCCUGCACCCCAGCAAGGAGCAGCACGCGCUCUUCCUCGACGUGCACCCGAUGACGGGCAUCCCCAUGAAUUGCUCCAUCAAGCUCCAGCUGAACCUGUACAUAAAGCAGGUGUCUGGUAUAAUUCAAACAGGGAAGAUUAAGCCGGUGGUGCUGCCGCUGCUGUGGUUUGCAGAGAGCGGAUCCAUCGAAGGCUCAGUCCUAAAGCAGUUUUACACCAACCUGGUGCUGAUCCCAUUGCUGCUGGAGUACCUGCAGUAUAUCUUCCUUGGGCUGAGCAUCCCGCUCAUUAUCGCAGCAGCUGUACUGAUGGCAAUGAGUCAGGAAAAAUGCUCUUUAUUUUGGAGUAGCAAUAAAAAGAACUCAGACAGUAAUAAGGCCAACCAGGUCACCUCUACCAAAAAGCUGCCUCCAGUUAAGGGGACGGUGUUGCGGGAAGCCAGACUGUAG